ACACUCUACUCCCUAGGCAAGAAUUUCGUGCUACCCACGUUUUCCUGUUUUGGCUUGAUUGACCUAAGACUUCUACUUUAAAUUUCUCUUUGAAUAAUACGAGAUGGCGGGGCGUUCUCCAAACCUUAAGGCAAUUUUCAAUUACGUCGACGAGCAUCAGGAUCUUUAUGUGCAAAGGCUCAGUGAUGCUGUUGCAAUUCAAAGUGUCUCAGGAUGGACAUAUCCUCCAUACAGAGAUAAUAUUGUCAGGAUGAUCAACCAAGUGAAAGACGAACUGAUAAGUCUUGGAGGUGAGGUUGAGUUAGCGGACCUCGGCAUGCAGCAUGGUGCCAACAUUCCAUUGCCACCAGUACUAUUGGGAAAACUUGGAAAGGAUCCUGCCAAGAAAACACUCUGUGUUUAUGGGCAUCUUGAUGUUCAACCAGCAAAAUUGGAAGAUGGAUGGGACACAGAUCCUUUUACCCUGACAGAAAUUGAUGGGAAGCUUUAUGGUCGUGGAUCCACUGAUGAUAAGGGUCCAGUGCUUGCAUGGCUGAAUGCUAUUGAAGCAUACCAGAAGACUGGUAAUGAGUUGCCAAUCAAUUUAAGGUUUGUGUUUGAAGGAAUGGAAGAAUCAGGCAGUGAAGGUCUGGAUAAGCUGAUCCACAGCAAGAAGGACACCUUCUUCAAGCCUGUUGAUUAUGUUUGUAUCUCUGACAACUACUGGUUGGGAAAAAGGAAGCCAUGUAUCACUUAUGGAUUGAGAGGUAUCUGUUACUUUUUUGUGGAGGUUAGUUGUGCAUCAAAAGAUCUGCAUUCUGGAGUCUUUGGUGGAACAGUACACGAGGCAAUGACGGAUCUGAUUUAUCUCCUGAACAACUUGGUGGACCUUAAGGGGAACAUCUUGAUUCCUGGGAUCAACGACAAAGUCUUGCCCUUAACUGACGAUGAAAGAGCAACUUAUACAGAUAUUGACUUUGACAAGGAGGAGUAUCGUCAGGACCUUGGUCAUAAAAAACUUAUUCAUAACUCUAAGGAGGAAGUGCUGAUGCGUCGUUGGCGUUACCCUUCCCUGUCUAUUCACGGCAUCGAAGGAGCCUUUUACGAGCCUGGCUCAAAGACAGUUAUUCCCAGAAAGGUGAUUGGCAAGUUCUCCAUCCGUUUGGUGCCUGAUAUGACGCCAGAAGAGGUGGACGAGACUGUGUGCAACUACAUCAAGAAACUUCAUGAGCAAAGAGGAAGUCCAAACCCACUGUCUGUGAGCAUGGGACACGGAGGGCGGCCAUGGGUGAGUGACUUCAACCACGGGAACUACCAGGCGGCAAAGAAGGCUCUUAUGACAGUAUUUGGUUCUGAGCCCGACAUGACCCGUGAAGGUGGAAGCAUCCCGGUGACCCUAACCCUGCAGGAAGCCACUGGAAAGAAUGUGAUGCUGCUGCCACUUGGAGCGUGUGAUGAUGGCGCGCACUCACAGAAUGAAAAGAUGGAUCGAAAGAACUACAUUGAAGGAACCAAGGUUUUGGCCGCCUACAUGGAGGAAGUGGCAAAAAUAGAAUGAGAUGCCAAUCCCGUUGCUAAUGGAAUACUUUGAAGUAGCUCAAGAUGAUUGCUAAAAAGAUUCAGAAGCGUGUGAAAUUUUCCGUCGGUAACAUAGAUUUUCCCCCUUCCCCUUUGAUUGGGCGAUAAACUGCACCAAAAAAAAGUUAAAAGUAAAAAUUUUUUUAAAUUUCCAACAGUAACGUAAAGAAUCGCUCUUCUGAGAAACGACCCGUGGACUAUAUCUAUCAGUAUCUGAACAACUGCGCACCUACCCCUCCCCUAACCCAACAUUAACCCUAACUUGUUAUCAGUUGACUAUUGUUGAGGUUAGGAGAGGGUAGGUGCGCUUUUGCUUAAAUACUGACGUUGAUCCCGAAAUUGCUUUGACGAUGCGUUGUGCUGACGCAUAGCUUGGCUUUAAUUUAUAUGAGUAAGCAUUGAAUAGAUACGAACACUUCUGUUUAACGCACUAAAAUCAUAAUGUAACAAUAAAACAUACACUGUGGCAAAAAUGAAUGAAGAUUAAAGAGAAGAAAAGUGGCACUUAAACAAUUGUCUCUCAGAA